AGAUUAUGUUUUGAAAAAUAGUUUAUUUAUUUGUAUAUUAUUUUCUUUUGAAGAUAACUCGGCGAUUUUUUCCCUUUCAAUUCCGCUCACGUCAAUCGCUCGUCUAUUUAAAAGAGCUCCUUACUCGCCGUUCUUCUCAGUUAGCAUUUCGCAACUGUAAUCCAGCUUCAACCGUAAGCAACAAAGAAGAUUUGCCAUGGGUUUGAAGGAGGACUUUGAGGAGUAUGCUGAGAAAGCAAAGACCUUGCCAGAGAACACAAGCAAUGAAAACAAACUCAUUCUCUAUGGACUAUACAAGCAGGCCACUGUUGGACCCGUGACCACUUCCCGACCUGGAAUGUUCAACCAGAAGGAAAGAGCCAAAUGGGAUGCCUGGAAGGCUGUUGAAGCAAAAUCCAAGGAAGAUGCGAUGAAUGACUACAUCACCAAGGUGAAACAAUUGCAAGAGGCAGCUGCUGCUAGCUGAUGAGUUUCUUGAUUAUCUGUAUGGACAAUGAUGUUGAAAUAAUCUUUGUUUUAAGUUCAGUACUCUAAUCGUAUUUAUCUAAGUUGUGUAACAAUGAACUAUGUGCAAGUAUUAUCACUGUCAUAUUUAGCAAA